AAACACAGAGCAUCGGUCAGAGCAGCUCACUGUUGGACAUGGAAACUCCUCUCUCCUGAUCUCUUCUUAUAUGGAGACAGAGGUUUGCCUCUUCAGACUCAAAACACCUUCAUCAUCACCAUCACCAUCAUCAUCAUCAUCAUCAUCAUCUUACCCACCAUCCUCAUUCCUUCAAUCUGUAAGCAUCCUCCCAGAGAUCUAUGUAUCUACAUGGAUACUGCAAACAGCAGAAAGAACAUCAGCAGUGCAUGAAGACAAUGGAGAAAUGGAACAUCUCUGAUAUGCAAACAACAGACUUCUAAAAUCUCACUCUCCUGGAUCCUUCUCUUUCAUUUUCCGUGUAUUUUCUUUCUCUCCUUCUUUCUUUAUUUCAUCUUCCAUUGCUCUAGCUUUCACCACCUCUUGCACAUCACUCUCUUCCUCCCUCGCUACUCCCAAGUCGUCCUUGUUGCCAUGGCCACCACGGGCCUGCAGGUGCUGGGCGUGCUCCUGGCGGUGACCGGCUGGGUGGGCCAGGCCCUGGUGACCGCCGCCCCCUUCUGGCGCGUGUCGGCGUUCGUGGGCGGGGAGCUGGUGGUGGCCGAGGCCCAGUGGGAGGGGCUGUGGAUGAGCUGCCUGGUGCGCCCGGGCUCGGGCCACACCCAGUGCAAGAGCUUCGACUCGGGCCUGGCGCUGCCCGCGGGCACCCAGGCGCGCCGCGUCCUGGCGCUCCUCGCCCUCCUGCUGGGCGUGCUGGCGCUCGGGCUCUCCGUGCUGGGCAUGAAGUGCACCCGUUGCCUGGGCGACGGCGGAGACGUCGACAUCGGCGUGCGGGAGACCAAGGCGCGGCUGGCGCGGGUCGGCGGGGCGUUGUUCGCGGCGGCCGCGGUGGUGUUCCUGGUGCCCGUGUGCUGGACGGCGUACGCGGUGGUCAGGGACUUCUACGACCCGGCGGUGGCGCCGCCGCUCAAGCGGGAGCUGGGGCCCGCCCUCUACCUGGGGUGGGGCGUGGCCUUGCUCACGCUGGUGGGAGGGGCUCUGAUCAACGCGGGCUCGGCUCCGCCCACCGGAGGAGGAGUAGGCGGAGGAGGAAGGGGAGGGACCUCGGGAGGAGUGGCAGCUGCCGCCUACGGGGGAGGGAAGGGCAACCCGCAGCCCACGCCGCCCGAGGGGAAGAAGGAGAAAGCGUACGUCUGACGGAGUCCGAGAGGGAAAAAGAAUACGUCUAAGGCGGGAGGGUUGGAGGGCGGGUGGUGGAUGGUGGACAGGGGGACGGGGAAGGUGAAGUGGAUGAAGGUAUUCUAUGGUGCACGUCAGCAGAAGGUUACAGGAAGUGAUGCGUUAUGACUGUAGAGGUUGAAAGAACACAUUGGGGCCGAACGAGGAUGUUGGUGGUUAUGUGUAUAGGAGGGAAAGGGGUACAGGACACAUUUUAUGAGAAGGUGAGAGGAAGUGAUGUAUUUCUUGUGGAGGUCAAAAGGUCAUAUUAGGCUAUUAGGCCGAGUGAGGGCAUUUAAAGGGUAAUGAUGGUGUAAUUAUUUGUAAGAAGGCCACAGAGAAAGGAAAGAG